AUGGGGCCUGAUGCGCCCGAACAGAUUCCCUUAGUGGCGCUAGACAAAUACUGCACCAAGAUGCUGGCCGUACCGGCGCUUGACCCCAAGCAAUGUGAAAACAGAUAUGUGCUAUUAGACCUCGCUAGCAUGUACAAUGACAGGCUCUGCACCAAGGUCAACGUUCUACCAGUACGCGAGUGGAUGCAGAAGGCCAAGGCUUUAGGCAUGCCGGCGGGUGUCGAAGCUUCGUGGACUGGCAAUGAAGUGUUUGUGUCGCCUAUGUUGCGCAAAGGGUGCAAGUGA